CUAGAGCGUUCCUUGGCAGCUACUUCGAAUCGAUGGAACGUACGGCGUACGAAGAGUUCACGCGCCAGCGCCGGGAAUUCCUGUCGCGUGAGCAAGGUCGUGGCCUUGGCGCAGAUCUCGUGCUCAGUGCGGACGAGCAAACGCUGAACCGGUACGUGAUGCACCUGAAGCGUGAGGAGCUCGCGAAGGGUGUGGACAACCCGUACGAGCUGGUGUCCGGGCGGCACUUCUUCGAGAUGCUGGACCGGAUCACGGCAUCGGACCUGUUCAAGUUGAUUCGGAAGCUUCCGAAGGGUGGUAUCCUGCACGCACAUGACACGGCCAUCGGCAGUACGGAGCUGAUCGUGCGGGCCACCUACCGGGAGCACCUCUGGCAGUGUGGCAACGUCGUGGAUCGCACCGACAGCGAUCCGUUGCCAUCGUUCAAGUUCGCCAGUACCAAGCCGACGGGUGAGUGGCAUUCGGUGGCGGACGUGCGAAAGCAACGAGGUGACGUGGCGUACGAUCAAGCAAUUCGCAAGAUGUUUACGCUGUUCACCACUGAUCCGCUGAACGCGUAUCGCGACAUUAACGACGUCUGGCGCAAGUUUAUGGCACUGUUCAUCGCCUUCGAACCGAUGGUGACGUACCGGCCCGUCUGGGAGGAGUACUUCUAUGGGUCGCUCGAGGAGCUGCUGGCCGACAAUGUGACCUAUCUGGAGUUCCGCGGGCUGCUACCACCGGUUUACGAUCUCGACGGACGUCGGUACACCCCGGAAGAGAUCGUGCAGAUCUACGUCGAUCUGUCGGAGAAGUUCCUGCGGGCUCACCCGCAGUUCCUGGGCGUCAAGUUCAUCUACGCGCCGCUACGGUUCUGUGACGACCGGACCUUCGACGGGUACCUGGAGCUGGUACAACGGCUGAAGGCUCGCUUUCCCGAUUUCAUCGCCGGGUUCGAUCUCGUCGGCCAGGAGGACCUCGGCCGACCGCAAACCGACUUCAACGAGCGCCUGUUGCGGCUGCCACCGGAAAUAAAUUUCUUCUUCCACGCGGGCGAAACCAACUGGACCGGCCGGGCGGACGAGAACUUGGUCGACGCUAUCCUGCUCGGGACGAAGCGCAUCGGGCACGGUUUCGCGGCCCUCAAGCACCCGUGCGUGCUGGAGGAGAUCAAGAAGCGUGGCAUCUGCCUCGAGGUGAACCCAAUCUCCAAUCAGGUGCUGAAGCUGGUGCAGGACUUCCGGAACCAUCCGGGAGCGUUCUACUUCUCCGACAACUACCCGGUGGUGGUGUCGUCCGACGAUCCCUCGUUCUGGAGUGCGGCCCCACUGAGUCACGAUUUCUACGUCGCCUUCAUGGGUCUGGCCUCGGCCCAGGCCGACCUGCGCUUGCUGAAAAAGCUGGCCCUCAACUCGAUCGAGUACAGUUCGAUGAGUGCCGGGGAAAAGGUGUCCGCCUUCGAGCGAUGGACCAUCGCCUGGAAUGCUUUCGUCCGGGAAGCGCUACAGACCAUUCCAUCGCAGUACUGACCGGCCGGCCUUUGUCGAAUUAUAAAACCAGUAUUUCGUGAUGAUCACGUUUUGUGAUCGUAUUAUUGAUUCACUGCUUGCC